AUUUGGAGUUGUUUCUUGCAAACUCUUGUAAAUACCAGUUCUCUCUGUGGCUAUGCAUUGAUUAUAUUCAACCUUAGAAAUAAAAAUGUGCUCAUUUGCACAGGAUGUCUCCAAAAGCCACUUGCGCCCCAGAUGGCCUGCGCACGUCCAGAGAUGCGGUGACGCUCAGCAGGUUUCCUUCAACACUCUGCAGCGGCGUGAAGGAAGCUGGAGACGCUGCUUCAGGAUCCUCCGGUGAAAAUCUGCCUCGAAAACCACUGACUGCUGCUGGAGCGGGGUCGUCCUCAGUGAAGCAUCCUAAAUCCAGAUGUGAGCAGUCCGGACAGCGGGGCAGGCGCAGAAUGAAGGCAAACGACAGGGAGCGACUCCGCAUGCACAACCUGAACUCCGCUCUGGACGCGCUCAGAAGCAUCCUGCCGGCGCUGCCCGACGACGCAAAGCUGACCAAGAUUGAAACUCUGCGCUUCGCCCGCAACUACAUCUGGGCUCUGACCGAGACUCUGCGCAUGGCCGACCAGCACGGACACGCGCCGGACUACCUGGCGUCAGAUCUGAGCAGCCCAGGGAGUGUUUUCUCUGCAGAGUGGGACUCGGCAUCACCUGCAGAGGCUGGAUAUGGAACCACUGACCAAAGAGUCUCUUACACAUCUGUGAAUGAAAUGAGCUGUAAACUCUUCAGAAGAGAUGAAUCCAGUGCUUUCCCUAUGACCUUUUAUUUUAAAUGCGGUGAAAGUGAUGUCAGAAAUACUUGGCACUAUUGACUUCUUAUGAUCUCAGCUGUGUAACUGGUAAAAAGAUUAUGUAUGAGUCUUGAAAAAAGUGAAUUACAAAACCUGUCUGGAGACGUUUUAGGCAUGUUGCUUUAUCAGUGAUGUCUAAACUGAUCCUUAAUGUAAAUGAUGUGGUUCAUGUAGAAGACUUUAGUGGCAUUUUCUAUCUUCAGUGUGUAUUUUUUAAAAGCGCUUAAACUGGGAACCAAACAGAAUCUGCAAAAAUUACAUUUCCAAAGUCACAACUAUGAUUUCAGGCAAUUUCUGUGUGUUGAAAGGCACUUAAAUGAUCAUGUGUGAACUCUCAGUAUUUGCAGCUGAAUUACAAUCACAGACAAUGUCAUUAAAAGAACAGGAAGCACAAUCAGUAAUCUUGGAAGACAAGAGGGUUUAAGCUAAACAUAUUUAUUUGGCAAUGAUACUCAGAUGUGUUUUUGUGUUAUCUUUCCUGUAUAAAACUACAUUUAUUUAUUUAAUAAAAACUGUAGAAAACAUGAAGCUUCUUUUGGGUGAAAAGUA